GAAUUACGACAUCGACAUGAUUUUACGAAUUGGAGCUCAGCUGGCUGAGGUUGCAAGGAGGACGCUAGCAGGUGUUGUGUCGAGGAAAGAAGCAACAGCAUUGCAUAGGGUUCGGCCAACGCUUGCUGUCGCAGCAUGGAAGUCUCAAUCAGUGAGGUGGAAUUCUACGGAGAAAAUAACUAAGCAAAUAGCUUCGUCAUCAGUUUCAGCAGCAGAUGAAGAGGAUGCACCAGAGGAACUUGACGAGGACCUGGAAGAGGAAUGGGAAUUAGCAGAUGAAGCAUCUGUGCCAAUAGUAAACGAAGCCCCAGUCUCAGCAGCAAAGAAAAAACCAGCCCUAGCAGCAAAGCCAGCAAGAAGACGAACUCUGCAGGAGAUUAAGGAAAGCCUCGAGUCCGAAAUUGUUGAACAAUUCAUCCGUGGUUCGGGUCCUGGAGGACAGAAGAUCAACAAAACGUCAUCUACGGUUCUGCUUCAACACAAGCCAACCGGCAUCGUCGUUCGAUGCCAGGAAACACGGUCAAGAGAUCAGAAUAGGAAGGUGGCGAGAAAGAUCCUCGCCGAAAGGAUAGAUCAGUUGGAGAAUGGGCCAGAAAGCAAAAAGGAGAAGAAGAGAGAAAAGCUGGCAAAGAAGAAGGCGAAUAAGAAGAAGAAAGCUAAGAGGAAGCUCGCAAAGAAGGACGGAGAGGAGGACAAGGAGAUUGAUGAGGCCGAGGAAGCUGAACAAGGGGUUGAAGGUAUCGCGGACACAGCGAGCAAAGAUGACCUGGAGUCGCCAGCUAAGCCCAACUUGAAAAUCUUAUAUAAGUAG